CUAAGAAACUACGUAGCAAGAAUGUUACUCAAGAAAAGGUGUUAUGUGAAGCAUAAAAGAUUGGUAAAAGGAAAGGAACAUGAAAAAGAAUAUUCCAUACCAAGUUUCAUUAAAUCAAGUCAAGGUAUGGAUGACAUUCAGUUGUUAAUUUCACAAGAGCCACCAAGUAAAGGUACAAUGAAAUAUGAAAGUCACAUUGAAGACAUAUGCAAAUCACUGAGGAUGUUUAGUCAUCACAUGAUCUAUAAACCGGUAGUCACAGAUGAGCAGAUCAUUCAACUUAUGAGGAAUGAUGAUAGAAAUAGAUGGAGAGACAUAAUAUUUGUAGGGACUAAAUUUACAAAGCAAUUAUCUGACAUUGGCAAAUUGUUUGCACAUGUUUUGAUUGCUGUACAAGAUGAAGAGCAUCUUUUAAGGAAAAUCCAUGAAAUAUGUACUGAUGAUAUUGUCAGUAGUUUAUCAGCUGAAUGUAAGAAAUUCAACUUCAAAUAUAAUAUUACAAGAUUCUACCAUUAUCCCAAAUCUAUCACUGUAUCAUUUUUAAUUCAUGUGGUCUGCAAUGCACCAAGACUUUGGUAUCUUAGGUUAUUUAAUUGUAAUAUGACAGGUGUUACUGUGAAUGAGAUUAUUGACACAUUGUAUGAAGAAGGCAUUGUGUUAGAAUUAACAUAUCUUGAUAUCUCUGAAAAUAACCUCAGUGAAUUCAAAGGUUCCUUGGCCCCUUUGCUGGUUGUAGCUCCUAAACUUCAGUUUCUUGACAUAAGUGAUUGCAGUCUGUCAGGUGUGGAUGAUAUGGUUAAAGAGUGUUCUAGUAUGCGAGUUGUGCUGGAAUUAACAAAUCUGCAUAUCAGUGAAAAUAACCUCAAGUACAUCAGCGGUUCCACACUUGCCACUUUGCUGGCUGUAGCUCCAAAGCUGAAUCGUCUUUACAUGAGUAAUUGCAGUCUGACAGGUGCUAUAAUGGAUGAUAUGGUUAAAGAGUGUUCUAGUAGGGGAGUUGUGUUGGAAUUAACAUAUCUUAAUAUCCGUAAAAAUAACCUCAAUGACAUCAAAGGUUCCUCACUUGCAACAUUGUUGGCUGUAGCUCCUAAGCUGAAUGAUCUUGACAUGAGUGAUUGCAGUAUCUCAGGUGCUGUAAUGGAUGAUAUGGUUAAAGAGUGUUCUAGUAGGGGAGUUAUGUUGGAAAUUAUAGAUCUUAAUAUCAGUGGAAAUAACCUCAAUGACAUCAAAGGUUCCUCACUUGCCACUUUGUUGGCUGUAGCUCCUAAGCUGAAAUAUCUUGACAUGAGUAAUUGCAGUUUCUCAGGUGUGGAUGAUAUGGUUAAAGAGUGUUCUAGUACUUUAGUUGUGUCGGAAUUAACAAGGCUUAAUAUCAGUAAAAAUAACCUCAAUGACAUCAAAGGUUCCUCACUUGCCACUUUGUUGGCUGUAGCUCCUAAGCUGAAAUAUCUUGACAUGAGUAAUUGCAGUUUCUCAGGUGUGGAUGAUAUGGUUGAAGAGUGUUCUAGUACUUUAGUUGUGUCGGAAUUAACAAGGCUUAAUAUCAGUAAAAAUAACCUCAAUGACAUCAAAGGUUCCUCACUUGCUACAUUGUUGGCUGUAGCUCCUAAGCUGAAUGAUCUUGACAUGAGUGAUUGCAGUAUCUCAGGUGCUGUAAUGGAUGAUAUGGUUAAAGAGUGUUCUAGUAGGGGAGUUGUGUUGGAAUUAAAAUAUCUUUAUAUCAGUGGAAAUAACCUCAAUGACAUCAAAGGUUCCUCACUUGCCACUUUGUUGGCUGGAGCUCCUAAGCUGAAUUAUCUUCACAUGAGAAAUUGCAGUAUCUCAGGUGUGGAUGAUAUGGUUAAAGAGUGUCGUAGUAGGGGAGGUGAACUGUAUAUCUAGUAGAAAAAGUAAUUGCAAUCAGGUAGCAAGUUCUGUAGAUGUGUUUAAUGCAUGUUUAGUUAAUUUGUAUUUUUAGUAUUUUUUAAAUACAUAAUACAGAUGAUGCUAUUACAAGGAAGUUAUUUUUUAUAUUGAUACAAUUUUAUUUACUGUUUUCUGAUUUGCAUUAUCAAGAAUGAUUACCAUUGGAUAAUAUCGGACAUUGCCUAGAACCAAAUUAAUAUGCAGCUGUAACUGAACAUAGAGUUAAACUAUAAGGCAGUUUGAUCAUUUCUUGAGAAUGGAAGUAAUACAAUAAU